AGGUAUGUAUACUGGUUCUUUAAAUAGUUUUCAAGUGUUCUGUGAUUUUUAUCGCAUCGCAUUCUUGUUAGUUGCUUUUUUUCCUAUAGAUUGAUAUUGUUACAAUAAUGAAAUGGACCACUAUCACUCCCCUCAACCGGUAAGAUGACGGCGAUUCUCGGCGCGGGAAUGAGCGGGCUUUCGGCCGGAUUUUAUCUGCUGAAACAGCGCCAUCCCUCAGCGGUGACUAUAUAUGAAGCAAGCAACCGAAUUGGGGGAUGGAUUCGCAGCGAACGAUUUGACGAUGAUGGAUUCAUAUUUGAGGGGGGACCUCGAACAAUGCGCACAAAAGGUCCGGCGGCCAUCAACUCAUUGAACUUGAUAGAUGAGUUGGGUCUUGCCGAUCAGGUUCGUCCGAUUCACUCGAAUCAUGUGGCCGCACGCAACAGAAUGGUUUACGCGAAAGGGAAGUUAAACAUGCUGCCCUCCGAUGUGUUUGGAUUGAUAAAAGUUAUUCCUCCGUUCACUAAACCUUUGUUCUUUGCUGGAAUCAAGGAUCUUUUCACUGGGCGAUCCAAACCGCAACUAGAAGAUGAAACAAUAUAUGAAUUUACAAGGAGACGAUUCGGCAAGGAAAUUGCUGAUUACGCUAUAGGAGCAAUGAUAUGCGGGAUAUGCGCUGGCGAUGCUAAACAAAUCAGCGUUAAAUUUCUUUUGAAACAUUUGUUCGAACUGGAACAAAAGUAUGGCGGAGUCUUUAUAGGUUUGCUCAAGGAAUCAAUGUCUGCACGGAAAAAGAAAACACUUGUGGGAGAAGACUCGCUUACGAAUUUAGCCAAUAGAGCAAAGAAUGAACAUUGGAGUAUUUAUUCCUUGAACGGUGGAUUACAGCAACUACCUGACAAGGUCGGAUCCAUCCUCAGUCAGAAACAGGUUGAUAUACAAAUAAAUGUAAAUUGCAAGGAGAUACUAUUCGAUAGUAAAAAAGUUCAUCUGCUGAUGAACGGACAGGAGAAAACUGUUGACCAUCUUAUAAGUGCCAUUCCAAGUCAUCAGUUGGCUAAAUGUGUUGCUAAACAGCAUCCAAAUCUUUCGAAAGGACUUGAUGCGAUUCCAUUUGUAGACGUUGCAGUUAUAAAUUUGCGUUAUAAUUCUCCGAAGUUACAAAAACAUGAAGGAUUCGGUUUCCUCGUUCCGCCCAUAGAAAAUCUUCCGAUUCUGGGUGUGAUAUUCGAUAGUUGCUGCUUUGACAUGAAACAAAAUACAGUUCUGACGGUAAUGAUGGGCGGAGCUUGGUUUCACCAAUGGUUUGGUGAUAAUCCCAGUGAAGAGCAACUGCUGGAUACUGCCCUGAAACAUGUCAACAAUAUUCUAAAAAUUGAUCAGACACCAAAUCACUACAAAGUGAACAUAUUAAGGAAAUGUAUUCCCCAAUACGUAUUCGGGCACCACAAACGAGUGGAAAAAAUUAAACAGUAUAUACGAGAAAACAACUUGCCGAUCGCAUUAUGUGGUGCAUCAUACGACGGAGUGGGUGUGAAUGAUGUUAUUUUAUCUGCAAAAACGUGCGUUGAGACCCUAUUUAAUAAAGAAUCUGGUUGAAAUUA